AACCACCAUUUUAUUCCAUUUAGUACACUCGCACGCGACGCUUCUGCAGCUAGCUACACUAGCGGCGUUUGCGGUCUUGUGUGUUGCGUUUUUGUCAUUUUCUUGCGUGGUCUAGCGAAAAGACGCCGUUCGCUAGUGUUUAUUGUCAUCGACAGUGAUUUAAAGCAUUAAACUGACGUCCACUUCCAUGGGCGAGGAAUCCAAAGACAACGACCGGGAUCGCAAACGCCGCUCCAGGUCUAGGGAACACAGACGCCGAUCCCGAUCGAGGAGUCGCGAACGCCGGGAGCGUCCCAGAAGGAGCCGAUCUGGCUCAAGACACAAACCAGUCGGACAUUCAAGACGAAGGAAACCAAGUCUUUACUGGGAUGUGCCGCCCCCGGGUUUCGAACAUAUUACGCCGCUGCAGUACAAAGCGAUGCAAGCGGCGGGCCAGAUCCCGGCAAACAUCGUCGCCGACACGCCGCAGGCGGCCGUUCCUGUUGUAGGUUCAACGAUAACGCGGCAGGCGCGUCGCUUGUAUGUAGGCAACAUACCGUUCGGCGUCACUGAGGAGGAGAUGAUGGAGUUCUUCAACCAGCAGAUGCAUCUGAGUGGACUGGCACAAGCGGCGGGCAAUCCUGUGCUUGCGUGUCAGAUUAAUCUGGAUAAAAAUUUUGCGUUUUUGGAGUUUAGGUCUAUUGAUGAGACUACACAGGCAAUGGCUUUUGAUGGAAUUAAUUUUAAAGGUCAAAGUUUAAAGAUUCGCAGGCCGCACGAUUACCAGCCGAUGCCCGGAAUGGCGGAGAGUGCACUAUCAGUGCCGGCGGGCGUGAUUAGCACCGUCGUGCCAGAUUCACCUCAUAAGAUAUUUAUAGGGGGUUUACCAAAUUAUUUGAACGAGGACCAGGUUAAGGAGCUGUUAAUGUCUUUCGGACAACUACGUGCUUUCAACUUGGUUAAGGAUUCCGCCACCGGGCUCAGUAAAGGUUAUGCUUUCGCUGAGUACAUUGAUAUAACCAUGACGGAUCAGGCGAUUGCAGGAUUGAACGGUAUGCAACUGGGUGACAAGAAGUUGAUCGUCCAACGUGCCUCAGUCGGCGCGAAGAAUAACACUAUCGUACCGAGCGUACAAAUCCAGGUACCUGGCCUCAGUCUAGUAGGCGCCUCUGGCCCUGCUACUGAAGUACUGUGCCUGUUGAAUAUGGUAACGCCCGACGAGCUCAAGGACGAGGAAGAGUACGAGGAUAUUCUGGAAGACAUCAAGGAGGAAUGCAAUAAGUACGGCGUAGUACGCAGCAUAGAAAUCCCGCGGCCGAUUGAGGGUGUCGAGGUGCCCGGCUGCGGCAAGGUGUUCGUUGAAUUCAACAGCGUGCUGGAUUGCCAGAAGGCGCAGCAGACUCUCACCGGACGUAAGUUCUCCAACAGGGUCGUGGUCACGUCCUACUUCGAUCCAGAUAAGUACCAUCGGCGCGAGUUUUAAGCGCGAGCUCGUCGCGUAUUACGAAUUUGUGUGUGCGCGGGAUUAUUUUUAAUUUGUAAUGUGUUUAGCUAACUAGCGUGUCUUUUGUGUAGUCCUGACGAGCGAUGAAUUAUUAAAUUGCGGUCAACUAAGUACAUGUGGCUGGAAAAUUAAAAGUUUCUUUCAAA